AUGACUUAUGUAGAGACGAGUAGCUUAUAUUAUGGAAAUGAAAAAAAGGAAGGUAAUAUAAAAGAGAAGAGAAGAAUAUACCCAGUUAGUUUAAUUAAAAUAAUAUUGAUUGUAUUAUUUUUGUGUUUAUUUAAAAAGAAUGAUGUUACUUUAUGGAGAGAAAAAUAUUUUUAUGAAUAUAAUAAUAAUAAUAAUGAUGAAACAAAAUGGAUAGCGCCUCUUUUUAGUAUUAAUAAUUUUGUUAAAGAAAAAUGUGGGAGUUUUUUAUAUAUGUAUAUUUUUAAUAUAAAAAAAGAUGGAAUUUUAAAUGUAGAAAAUAUUUUUUUAGAUACAUUUGAUAAUAAUAAUUAUUAUUAUAAUGAUAACACAUGUUAUAUGUCCAAUAAAAGAAAUUAUAUGAAAAUAAAAAAUUUAUGUAUUUUUGGUUAUAUGUCCAAUAAAAGAAAUUAUAUGAAAAUAAAAAAUUUAUGUAUUUUUGGUUAUAUGUCCAAUAAAAGAAAUUAUAUGAAAAUAAAAAAUUUAUGUAUUUUUGGUUAUAUGUCCAAUAAAAGAAAUUAUAUGAAAAUAAAAAAUUUAUGUAUUUUUGGUGAUAUAUCCUCAAAUUUUGGAAAUAUAAAAGAUGUUGAUUAUUCUUUUAGUGGAAAAAAAAGAUAUAGAAUUUUACAAGAAAUAAAAAGAAAAGAUUCGAGAGGAAAAAGAGGAGAUAAAGAGAAAAAUGAAUCAUAUAUUGAAAAUUCAGAUAAUUAUGAUGAUUAUAACGAAUUUGAUGAUUCAGAUGAUGGUAAUAAAAACCAGAUGCCAACAGCUUCUAACGAAGUUUCUGAAGGUAUAAUAUUUUUUUGUUUUAUUUUCAUUUCAGCUACUAUGUUACAGUUUAUAUUAUCAAAAAUUCAUAAAUUUAAUAUUCCAGUGUCAGUUAUAUGGUUUUUAUAUGGAAUGAUUACAUAUGUGAUAGCUAAGAAUUUCAAUAUGUUUGAAGAGAAUACAUUACAUAAAUCUAUAAUUAAUGCUAGAAAUAUUGAUUCUUCUGUUUUAUAUUUUAUUCUUUUACCAAUAUUAUUAUAUGAAGCUACUCAAGAUAUAAAUUAUUAUGCAUUUAAGAAUUUUUUAUAUGGAGGAAUAGGUUUAGCUGUUGUGGGUGUAGGAUUACAAGUAGGUAUAUUAGGUAUAUUAUUUUAUUAUUCUUUUAUGUAUAGACAAGAACAGAGCCCUUUAUCUAGUAGUUUUUUAUUAGCAUCUAUAUUAUCUUCUACCGAUCCUGUAGCUGUGUUAUCUAUAUUAGGUGUUGUAGAUGCACCGUCAAAAAUAAGUUCUAUGUUUCAUGUAGAAUCUUUAAUAAAUGACGGUAGUUCAGUGUUAUUAUUUCAAUUUUUUUUUUAUUUAACUAUAGGAUAUAAAGCGAAUACAUCUCAAUAUGCUGUGUUGUUUGUGAAAUUAUUAUUUUUAAGUCCUGUUUUUGGUAUUGGUAUGGCUAUGAUUACAUUUGCAUGGAUAAAUUUAUAUAGAAAACAUUAUUAUAAUCAAUGCUUAGCUACAAUAACAAUGUGUUAUUUGUGUUAUUUUGUAUCUGAAUAUUAUUUGAAUUUAUCAGGUCCUUUAUCAAUUGUAUGUUAUGGAUUAUUUAUUAAUGCAUAUGGUCAUAUAGCAUUAGAUGAGAUAGCUCAAAGAAAACAUAAAGAAAUUGUAGAAUUAUUAGCUUUAAUGGGUAAUUCUAGUAUUUUUAUUAUAUCUGGUAUUAUAUCAUUUGGAAUGAUGGAGAAUGUUUUUAAAGAUAAUUUAUAUUUCUUUUUAUAUAUUGCUUUGACAUAUGUAUAUUUAUUAAUAGCACGUACUGUUAUGAUAUUAAUAUUUACUCCCUUCCUUUCAAAAAUAGGAUAUGAAGUUAAUUGUAAAGAAAUUAUGUUAUUAAUAUGGGGUGGCUUAAGAGGUGGUAUUGUAUUAGUAUUAGGAUUACGUAUAGAAGCAGAAAAUAAAAUAAAUGAAAAACUAACAAAAGAAUUAGCUUAUUAUAUAAGUGGUAGUGUAUUAUUAAUACUAACAAUUCAAGGUUUAACAUUUGAAUGGUUAUAUAGAUUUUUAAAUAUAUAUCCUCCUAAUCCUUUUCGUAUUGUCUAUUUAGAAAAGGUAUUAAAAAUGAUUGAUUAUAAUUUUUAUAUAAGAAAAAAGAAUUUAAAAAAUUAUUGGCUAUUUAAAGGAACGAAUAUUUUACAUUUUUCUAGUAAAAUUGUACCUGAGCUAUAUUGGAGGAAGAUGAAUAAAUAUGGUGAGUUCGAUUUAAGAUUACCUGAUAUAUAUACAUGUCUUCAGGAUAUACGUACAUGUGAUAUAUCUUUCUGGGAGAGAGCUUAUGACUCUCAGACUGUUAUAGAAAGUUUCGAUGAUUAUUCAUCUAAUGAAAAAAAAAACAGGACAAAUAAUAAAGCUCAAAAAAGUGAAAUAUUGAAUUGUGAUAUGAAGGCUAGGAUCAUGAAUGAAGCUAAUGAGGAAAAUGAAAAUGAUAUAGUAUGUGAAAAGGAGGGGUUCAAAAAUGAAAGAGAUAAUAGUACAAAAAAUGAAAAAAAUGAAAAGAAUUAUGACAAUAAUGAAAAAAAUGGUGACAAUAAUGAUAAAAAUGAUGACAAUAAUGAUGAUAAUAAUAAUAUAUAUAUCCAUACACAUAACAAUACAAAUCUUAGUAAAUUACCUUAUGAUGAAUAUUAUAAGAAAGGAAAAAAAUUUGAAGAUAAUGAAAGUAUCAAUUUCAGUGCUAAAAAAAGUGUAUAUGAAAAUUUGAGAGACAAAAGUAAUUAUCUUAAUGACUUAACAGCAAAUGAAGAUACUAGUGAUGUAUAUAGUUAUUUAAAUAAAAAUACAUAUAAUAAUAUGAGUAAUAUAUAUGGUGGUUAUAAUUAUUAUAAUAAUAUAAAUAAUAAUAAUAACAAUAAUAACAAUAAUAAUAAUAAUAAUAGAUAUAGAAGUUUAAAUUUUAUUAGUAGAAAACUUAGUGUUGAAAAUACCUAUAAAGGAGAAAUGAGAAUUAAUGUAAUAAGAAAUCAUGAUAAUUAUUAUAGUAGUUAUGAUGAUGAAGAUCAUAAUUAUAAUAAUCUCAAUAGAUCAUUAUCAUCUAAAAAUUUCGAUCAUUUCAGCAAUAAUCUAAAUGAAUUUACAGAUAAUGGAUCGUCAUGCUCUGAUAAAGCAUUAGAUCAUAUAAAAAUAAAAAAUUUGAAUGCUUUUAAUUUUGAUAAAAUAGCUGUAAAGGACUAUGACAAAUUAAUAAAAAAAAUGAAUUAUAGAGAAUUUAAAAGAGCAAGAACAGGGAAAGAAGAAAAUUUUAAUGUUAUAGAUAAUAUUGUUAAUAGUAAUAAAGAAACAUUUAAUCCGAAAUAUAAUCUUAGAUUAAUUGAACAUGCAACCCAUUUGCCAAAGACAUUAAGUGAUAAUUUAUUAAUUAAAAGUAGUAUGGAACAGGAAGAUGCAUAUUGUAAAGAUGAAAAGAAUAAAAAGAAGAAUAGAAAAAAAAAUAAAAAAAUAAUAAAUAAAAAUUAUGAUCCAUAUGAUAAAGAUAAAAAGAAAAAUUUCUUAUCAUUUAGAGCAGAUGAUAGUGAAGACGAUGAACAUAUUGAUAAUAAUAAUCCUGAUAGCAGCGAAGAAGAAGAAUUUAAAAAAAAAAAUAAAGAAAAAAGUAUAAAAAAAAAUAAUAAUAAUAAUAAUAAUAAUAAAAUACGUAACAAUAAUUGUAGUGAUAAUGAUGCAGAUGUAGAAGAAGUAGAAGUAGAAUCAGAUGAUAUAAGCAAUAUAAAUUAUGGUAAUAGAACUAAAGAAGAUGUAAACUUAUUAAAUGAAUAUAAAGAUAUAAAAAAAAAAAUUGAUGAUAAAAGUGAUUAUUAUGAUUCAAAAGAAAUUUUAAAUUUAGAUGAAACAAAUAAAGAGUUAAUUAUGAGUGAUAAUUUUAUAGUGAAAAUUCCUGUUGAUAUAUCUAAUGAUGAUAGAGAUAUGAUAAAAAAAAAAAUGAAUACAAAUGAAAAUACAAAUACACUAUCGGUUGAUGUUCUUUAUAAUGAUGAUAAUAAAAAUAUAAGUAAUGAUAAUAAAAAUAUAAGUAAUGAUAACAAAAAUAUAAGUAAUGAUAACAAAAAUAUAAGUAAUGAUAAUAAAAAUAAAAGUAAUGAUAACAAAAAUAUAAGUAAUGAUAACAAACAUAUAAGUAAUGACAAUUGUGAUAAAUGUGAUGAUAUUAAUAAUAAUAGUAGUCAUUAUAAUAAAGAAAAGGAAGCUAAUUUCAAUGAAUAUUUAACAUAUCAAAAUUUAUUUGCUCUACAGAAUGAAGAUAAUAAUAUUAUAAAUUUUUUUAAUAAUGAUAAAAAAUAUAAUUCAAAAAAAAGUUCAAAAAAACAUUCUUCAUAUUGGAAUAUUUCAACUAAGGCAACAAAUGGAAAGAGUCCUGUUUUAUUAAAUAAUGAAAUGGAUAAAAAGAAAAAGAGAAGUUUAAAAUUAUUUAAUAGAAUUAAUAAUAAAUCUUCUUGUAGUGCAUGUUCAGGGGGUUUCAAUUUUGGUCAAUGCACUUCAAAAGCAAAAAAAUGUGAGCAUUAUCAUGAGCAUGUUCAUAAAUAUCAUGCUGAUAAUAAAAAAAAAAAAAAAAAAAAAAAUAUGAAAAAAGAAGCAUAUAAUGAAAACUCUUAUACUAGUAGUAAUAACAUAAGAAAGGAUGAUAAUGAUAAUAAAAAUAGAAAAGACAAUUUUGAAUUUGAAAAUGAAAAUUGUAGUUUACCACGAAAUAAUACAGCUGAUUUUACUGCACAUAGAUAUGAUACUGAUCAAACAAUAAAUUUUGAAUGUAUUGAAGAAAUGUGUCAAAAAAAACAUGGAGGUAUACCAUUUUAUAGUUUUUUAAAAAAACCCAAAAUAAGAAUAAAAAAUAAAUUAUUUAAUGAAUUGAGAAGAGCAAGAAGUCAUGAGAGUUAUGUUAAUAAAGAAAAAGCUAAUAAGAAACGAGAUUAUAUUAAUUAUAAUACAAUGAAAAAAAGAAUGAUAAGAAAAGAAAGAGAAGGAGAAUUAUAUAUUAUGAUAUUUAAUACAUGUAGAGAAUUAUAUAAAAAAUUAUAUGUAAAUGGUUUUAUAUCUGGAGAAUGUUUAUUAACACUUACAUCUAUUCUAGAUUUAUCAGCUGAUUUUGCUAUUAAAAAAGUUAGAAUGAAUCCUAUAAAAGCAUGGGCAGAUGCAUUUGAUAAAGGAAGAAAACAUAAAAGAAGAAGUACAAGAAGAAAUAGUAUAGAUCAUAGAAAUGGAUUUGAAUAUGAAUUCCAUAUAUUAUUAUCAAAAUUAAAAAUCAACAAAAAAAAUUUCUUUUUCUUUUCUCCUAAGGUUAUUAAUAUUUUUCUUGUAUAUGAACACUGUAUGAAAGAUCUACAAAUUAUUUUGUCAUAUGUUGAUGUCCAUCAAUGUACAUUAGAUAAGGGAGGUAUCACAAUGAAACUAUUAUUAGGAAAGAAUUUACUUAGAAGUUAUUAUAGAAAUAUAGAGCUAGCCAAAAAUCUAAUUCCUCAUCUUGUUAGGAAAUAUAAAGACGUUGUAAAAUAUUGCCUUAUCAAAAUAGGAACUGAUAUGUUAUUACAUUUGAAAAAAACAAUUGUAAAUGAACAGGCAGCCAACGGACUACUCUUAUCACAAGAUAAUGAAAAACUCAAUGGAAUUUUUGACGAGCAGCAAGUCAAAAUUAAUAGAUAUAGACCUUACUUGCAUUAUUUUUUAAAAAAAAAUAUUCUAAAAAGGUUUAUAAAAUGA